GCCGGGAGGGUGGGGCCGGGGCGGGCUCCGGCGGGGAGCGCGGCCGGGCCCGGGCCCCCGGAGCGAGCGGCCGGGAUGCGGUGCGGGAAGAUGGCAGCCACGCCGGCGGCCGGCGCGCCGGGCGCUUGGGGCGGCGUGCGGCGGCGCUGCCAGCGGCUGCUCUACUGGGUGCCGGUGCUCUUCAUCUCCAGCAUCCUCUGCUGGUCCUACUACGCCUAUGUCACCCAGCUCUGCCUGCUUACAAUGACAAAUAUCGGAGAAAAAGUUGUGUGCCUGGUUGCUUACCACAUAUUUUUCAUGCUGUUCGUCUGGUCAUAUUGGAAAACAAUCUUUACGCUACCAAUGAAUCCUUCAAAAGAAUUUCAUCUAUCAUAUUCAGACAAGGAGUCCCUGGAGAGGGAGCCUAGAGGUGAAUCCCAGCAAGAAGUCUUGAGACGAGCAGCCAAGGAUCUUCCCAUAUAUACACGGACAAUGUCUGGAGCAAUCAGGUACUGUGACAGAUGCCAUCUUGUAAAACCAGAUCGUUGCCAUCACUGUUCAGUAUGCGACAAAUGCAUUUUGAAAAUGGAUCAUCACUGCCCUUGGGUGAACAACUGUGUAGGAUUCUCCAAUUACAAAUUUUUUCUUCUCUUCUUGGCUUACUCACUACUGUAUUGCCUUUUCAUUGCUGCAACAGAUUUGCAGUACUUUAUCAAGUUUUGGACAAAUGGCCUUCCUGAUACUCAAGCCAAGUUCCACAUCAUGUUUUUAUUCUUUGCUGCAGCUAUGUUUUCUGUCAGUUUGUCUUCUCUCUUCGGGUAUCACUGUUGGCUUGUCAGCAAGAAUAAAUCUACAUUAGAGGUAUUCAGAGCUCCCAUAUUUCGUCACAGAACAGAUAAGAAUGGCUUUAGCCUGGGCGUCAGCAAAAACCUAAGGCAGGUGUUUGGUGACGAGAAAAAAUACUGGUUGCUGCCUGUGUUUUCAAGUUUAGGGGAUGGUUGCUCCUUUCCAACUUGCCUUGUUAAUCAGGAUCCUGAGCAAGCUUCCACACCUGGUGGACUUAAUUCAACAUCCAAAAAUGAGAACCAUCUGUUUCCUGCAAAGCCGUUGCGUGAUUCCCAGAGCCACCUACUGACAGAUACACCAUCUUGGUCAGAAACUACUGCAAAGGCUGAAAAGGGCAAAGUUGGUAUGAGCAAUCCUGCAUUAACCAUGGAAAAUGAAACCUAAUUUCCCUUAAAAGAAAAAUCGGAAUAUGUAAGGAAAGUUUAAAAACAAGCUGUUGUUGGAAGGAAGAUUUCCAAAUAUCAGCCCUGUUGGCCAGCUGCUCCUGUCUGCUUCUCUGUGGAUGUGCUCAGAAAACAAACUGACAGAUGAUUAGCUGUCUCCAUGUCACUGCUUGAAACACGAAACUAAACAUACUACUUCUGAACCAUAUAAAGGAUGCUUCAACUUAAAAUUACUGGGUUUGAAUGGUGAAGGAUGAUUGAGUACUAGAAAGCAGAAAAAAUGAAGUGUCUGUGUUUACAAUUGUACAAAUUCAAUGGCUGGUUUUACUUUGAUAUUCAGCACAAGAAAAAUGUGACCUCCUUACUUAUCAGUUCAUGUUCUUGGGUUGGUUUUGAAAAUCUACCUUUUAAUUCAAAUUGUUUUAAGUAGUUGACUUUAAAAUCAAACUUUUGCACUACUGGUUUUAUGAAUUGUGAGAACAGCCAGUGUUGAUUAGAAAUAGUUUAGUGGCUUGGUGAACUGUAUUUUCUUUUGAGCCCUUGAUAACCAAUUUUUGAAGACCUAAAUGAAGUGUCUGACUAUUUUUGGAACAUUUUUUGGAAAACAUUAUUGUAAAACCUCUGUUUUCCUUCAGAUCUGCACUACCAAUAGUUUGAAAAGUUGUUGAGAGGAGAAAAAGUCCUUUGGUUAAUUGAAUGCUACAGUGGGCCACUGCUCCGUGAUGUGAUAAAAAGCCUGUGUUCAGAUAUGUGAAUGAAACUGGCUAGCUGGGGAUUUUGAUGGAAGCUUCACCGAAUAGUCCUAUGAAAUGGGAUGGCAUUGUCCCAUUUGGAGCUUUUACCCCUUUGGGAAGCAAAUGUUGGCCCUGAACUUUGAUCCAAAAGGCUUUUUACCAACCUGUGCUAGUUACUGAGGGCCACUGUCUUUCAAGCUCCUAAUUUCCUAUUAAUAUUUGUUUCAGAUUUCUUUUUUCACUUUUUCUUCAAGACACUGCCUUUCUUACUGCAUAACUUAAUGAAUACCAUGUACAGUCAAAAAGACUUACUGUUAUAACUUGUGAUAUUUGCAUUUACAGGACAAUGGACUUUUGAUUGCAAUACCAAAAAGCCAAGCUGCUGCACAGAGGAAACCCCAUUCAAUUAGGUUAGGAGCCAGCAGCUUUCUUAGGAUCAGAGUUUACUGACCAGAAUAAAAGAGGCAUUUUUGGCUUUCAAAGUCAAGGAAGUUUCAGCAACUCAAAUCUAAUUGUCUUGUGCCUUUUGUAUAGACUACAUUUAUGGUAUCAGUGUUUACAUUUAAAUGCAAAUUUCUAUUCUGAAAACAACUUCAGGAGGAACUUAGGCUUUCUAGGGGGCUAGAUAAAAAGAAAAGUCAAAAAAGAAAGGUGAAAAUCUCUAAGACUAUGCUGAGUUCAGCUGAAACAGGGAAGUGCUGCUAUUAUCAAACCUGAGUUACUUAGCAGGUUAGUUCACACUGCAGAGAUGCCAGUCAUUUGUUUAGGAAACUGGCAGCAGGACUUAAUAUUAAUUCUGAAAGCAAAAGAUACUAUCAACUCUUCUACCAGCAGGUAACUUCAAAAUUUGUCUUUCUUGGGUUUGCAACUUAAGUGAUAGCUGGUGUAGCAAAAUGUGGGAGGUUUUUUCUCCAGUGAGGGAAAAUGUAUUUAUUUUACUUAUUUUUUUUAUCUAAAAAUUUUACCAGCCUGAAAACAUCUGUUUAUUGCCAGAAGUGCCAGAGUGUGGAUCCCUUGAUAUAGAACACCUUUUUUAAACUAGCAUGAAGGUAGCAUACAGUUUACAUGAUGCCUGCAGAGAUCUAGUUACCAAAAGAUUUUUUGCAGCUCUUUAUUCAGUGUUGUUCUGUCAGCUUACCUCAUAUUCAUGUUUGUUUAAAGGCAAACUUGUCAAGGGAUAAAGGGGGAAAGGGAAAAUAUAUUUUUUAACACUUCAGGUUCUCUAUCUGUAGAGUCUUGUUUUUUAUGCAGUUAGUCACAGGGUGGUUUGUCAUGGAGCAUGCAUUUAAAAAUACUGAGUAGAAAGGUGAAAUUCAGAUUCAGUGUAUCUUGCACCGUAUUUUUAUGUAAAGACAAAAGAUUUCUUCCCCAGCAAAACACAUCAUGGAAAUGGAUCUCUCUAGUACAGAUGUCAGUCUCUCUGUGUCCAGGGCUCUGUCUCAGUAAGGCUAGGGAAUCAAUGUAGAGAAAGGACAGGGAUAAGGGAUCAAGAAAUGCCUGGCUUCUCCGUGUCUCAGAAGUCACACUUGGAAAGCACAAUACCUCUAAAUAAUCUGCAGCUUAAUUGCAGCCAGAGGCUGUCCCCCUCACAGAAAACUGAUGGAGGCAUGGGAAAGGGACACUGAUGAAGGGAGGAGAAAGGGAAAGAAAGGAUGGUAGCUCAGAGUAAACAGUGAGCAGAUCUGAGCCAGAGGGCUGUAGCUACAUCUGCUCUCUGGAUGGGCAAGAGCUGUGUGCUCCAUGAAGAGCACUGGCAGCAGGCUUUGAGGAUUCCUGGCAGUUCUCAUUGUGUAGAGUAUGGACAAAAUCAAGCUAAUCAAGCUAAUCAUGCUCCAAAAUAUAUUUUUGGAUGAUAUGACUUUAUUCUUGGCUUUAAACUCUCUUUCUAUAACAAAGUGUAAAUUCUCUUUUUGACAUGACCAUUGUCAGUGUUUCAAUGCAUGCUGGAGAAUUUGUGAAGAAGUCAGGGUAGCAAGGAUGCAAUGUUGUUUGUCUGCCUACACUGAUUCUCCUGUCCUUUAUAUUCUUGCUAGGCACUUUACUACAGCCUUUCGUGUAACUUCUGUAUUUUUUUUAAGGAGUGCUUUUUACCUACUGUACAGUUACUAAUCUACUUUUUUGCUAAAAGAAAAUAAUAUUCCUGAUACUUGUCUAGAGGUAUGAUUGCAUUUCAAGCUUUAGUGGAAACUGGAUGAGUUCUGCAGAUUCCUCAGAUGGGCCUGAGUCCCAAAUGACAACAGAGUUAAAUUUAUUUUGUAUAUAUGUAAACAGUCAUAUGGACCACAGCUCCCUACGUGUGUAAAAAUUUUAUUUGUAGGUUAGAACAAAUCCAAAACGUCUGCACCAGAAGUAGUCCACACAUACUCUAUAUCAGUAGAUGUACUGGUGAUAGAGUACUCAAAGUCUUUACAGAGAACUAUUUUUGUUAAGAAAAUGGAACACAAUCUUUGUGAGCAGUUAAGAUACAGCUGCUGUUAUGCACUUUAAUUCUUUAACUGGAGAGAAAAAACACUGUCCAAUUUAGAUUACAGACUGAAAGUUCUUUAGUAGACUGUGGCUAGGCAGGUAAUGAAUGAAACACAAAAUCACCGAGUGCUAAGUUGGAAGGGACCACCACUGGGGUUUUCUGGUCCCUGCUCAAGCAGGAUCAUCCUAGAGCACAUGGCACAGUGUGAAAUACAGAUAGUUCUUGAGUAUCUCUUGUGGGGGACACUCCAGAAAAGAAACAAGUUUGUUUCAGUGUGUGGAAUGCUGUAGCUGGUUUUCAUCAUGAUUUGGACUGAGAAUUCUUCCUCUGGUUCGGUUGACUGGUGUGUGGAGGGGUGGGGGGAAAUAUAUUCCUACAUAAAUUUAGUGUAUAACUUUACCACUUGUUAAUGCAUUGCUCACAUAAAUAAAUGCUUCAUGUUCAGCAUGCCAUGUACGUAGUAGUCAUUGACACACUGCUAUCAGUUUUACUGAUGGUGUAGCUGAACAGCAGAACCUCAUCUCUGCUAGGGCCUCACUAACAACAUAGUUGCUGUAAAUGUUCCCCCUCACCCCUUCACCAGGAGUCUUGGACUUCCAUAGGUGUAUUUCCCCAUCUCCAAGCUUCACCUCACAACGCACUGACACUGAAAGAGGUUGAGAAGGAACCAGUUCUUUUAUCAUUCAUGGGUGAAACACUCCAUGCCUUUAUGCUGGCAGACCAGACAGAGUACUCCUUUGAGUACUGUUGAUGGUCAAAAAGGUGGGAUUUUGUCCCCAAAAAAGGGUGUGGGGGAAGGAAGGGGGUGUCCUAAACCCCCUAUACUUUAUAGAAGUGAUAAGGUACAAGAAAGAUAGCUACUAACCAGGAUUGUAACCCACAGCAGCUUUGCUUCAUGAGGGUUCUCCACUCCCUGCCAGGCCAGAUUCUUCAGAGCUGCCUGACUUUCCCCUCUUUCCUAACAGUCUUCCUUAGGAAAGUGCUGGAUCCACCUUCUGUGCAGAGAGGAGUGGGACUGUUGGCUCAGGGACCUCUAGAACUGCAGGAACAGUUACAUAAAGAUGAAAGCAGCUUUUACCUCUUCCACUUCAGACAUAACCUGCAGUAUAUGAUCCAAGCUCAUCCUGUUUUUAAAACCCUUCCAAAAAUAUUGGUAUUGAACCGUACACAAACAUUCUCAUCCAAAACAAGAUAAAAAAAACAAUGUGCUGCUAUGCAGUGGGGGUGGGGUGUUGGGAUGGCUGUUGCUACUUCACUUGAAUCUAUCACCUGCUUAUCUGUGACCUUGUAGUAGGAAGGGAAAAGCAGCAGCAUUCUGUGAUGAAAUUUUGAGCAAGUGACAUCUCACAUAACCUAAAGAAAGCCUUGCCAUGUUCCCUCAGCAGUUUUUCAAUUGUUCCUUCUUUAAAUUUAUCACCUUUCUCUCUUCUCCUUCCCUUCCCUAGAAGUCCAGAUUAGAAGUGACUAAUGUGAAAUGUACAAUCACUACUUACAUUCUCUUUAUUAUUCUCCCUCCCAAAGUUCAUUUAGAUAGGUAAUUCCUCCAUUUCUCCAAGCUGUCACUCAUCCCUGAAAUACAGUAACUCAGUCAUCCUGAAAUCCAGUAUCCUCCAUCCUAGAUCAGUGUAAUCUCAAGCAGAUGGUCCCAAUAGUUUGAGUGCAGCAGUUGGAAGAAUGUGCUGUGAGCCAUCUCCCCUUUCUCCCCCUCUGCAUGCUCACAGUUUAACUGAUUGGCAUAACUGGAACAAACCCAACACUUCCUGACAGUCAUCACUUUAUGAAGUCACUUUUUUUUAAAAUCUGAAAAUAGGAUAAUUCUUAGUUCACUUAAGAAAGAGCUCCUGUUAUAAAGGCAAAAAUAGACAACACACAUUGUUACAGCCUGAACAACAGGAACUUGUUUCCAGUUUUCUCCAUCACAUCAAGAGAUUUAACUGGCCAGUAUUUCAAAUAGAUACAAUAGUAAAAAUCAGCAGUAAAAAUCAUAUAAAACACUAUCAUAGAUACUACAGCUACUCCCCAGAGCAUGCAGAGGGACAAGAAUGAAGGAAACAAGGAGCUUAACAAGCUCAGCUAUUAUAUGAUGAGAAGUAAAGAAAGGGUAUUGCCAGUGCAACCCCAGCUCUGCUUCGCUCUCCUACAAAAGAUAAAGCACGUUUUCUGUAACGCAGCUUAAAAAGUUCAUCUGCUGCCAACUUCUACCUGAUACACAGAGAAGGGAAAAGGCAUCCCUUCCACUUUUUCCACUUCUCCCUCACAUUAUCCAACACAGUUAACUGAGGCAGGUGUCUUAGGAGCACGGGAAAGAGCACUCCUGGGCAAAACAAUUCUCCAACUUCAACAGAGGCAGGAAAUAACAUCUCAUCUGUGUUGGCAGAAGGACAGACAACACCAGCCUCUGCAGUAAUCAGAUCUUCACAGUUGGCAUGAAUAGGCAGAUUUAUUCCCAACCCAAGAGUGCUAAAAUAAUGCAGGAGAAUCAUCCUUAUUUCACUACCUGUGUGAGGGUAGUGCAAGAGGGAAAUAAACACCUCAUGGAUGAGGGAAAUAAAACAAUUCCCUUUGAACCAAUCAAGGUGCACUAAAUAUCAGAUAUACCAGGAAAAUAACUUCAUGGUAUGUAUAGAAAAGUACACAGAGAUAAGUGAUUUUACUCCAUGUAAAAAUCAGGAUUUAUUCUUUCUGAGAUUUUGUUCCAACUCAACAAUUUAAAGUACUUACACAAAUACCCACAAUUCUGCUGGAGUCUUUUGGCUGUCUUUGCCAUCAUUGACAGGGUGGUGUAAAAUAAAAAUCUUGAGAAGGCUGUUUUAUUUAAAAUUUCACUUAAUUAUUUUACAGGGUAAUAAACUGCAAUGAACCCACACCACCCUAAAUCCAUUGACACGUGAAUAUUAAACUUCCAGGGAAGUUUUAAAAACUGCUUCAGUAUAGAAGUGUUUUGUUUCAGUGCAUAUUGGUUUAAGUGACUUAUUAGUUAAUUCAAGGUUGAAAAACUAAUUGGGAGUUUAAACAGAACUUCCUUAUGUCCAGUUUGUUUUUACAUUCCUAAUCUGAUCUUCCUCCACCAAGGACAAGUCUUCCUUAUUCCAGCCUUUGCUAGGCAUCUCAGGGACUUGGGAUGCCUAAAGGCAGGUCCUAAGAGUAAAAACCAAAGCGAAGGAGGCAUGGAGUAGCUUGGCCUUUUGCAUGUCCUUUACAAGUUAGUCUCCCGCCCCCAUUUAGCAGUAGUGUCACAUUGCUCUUGCUGUCCCUGUACAAGCUUUUCUUGUCCCUCACCAGAAUCAACUUCAUACAGACUUUGCUUUUCUUAAACCAACUCCUUCAUCCAUACUUCUGACAAUGUCACAUGUCCUGCUUCCACCUUUCUGUGUUCUGAGUUAAAUCGGAAGCACCUUGCUCAGGCUUCCUGCUACUUUUCACAGAUUUUCAGAGUAAGGGAAUGAACCAUUGUUGAGCGUGGAGGAAUCAGUCAGAUAAGGUAAGAGAAACUUAUCAGAGUUAUCUGAAACUUAUCAGAUGUCGGAGUUUAUAGGUCGUGAGUAAAUUCAUGUGGGAGAAAGCCUUAAAUACUCUGAAUGUGUUCCAGACCUAUUUUCCUCCACCUCAAGGAUGCUUCUUGCCCAGUUUCAAUGAGAAAAGGAACUAAAUGCUUAAAAUAAAAAUUAUAUAUAUUUAAAAAAAAUAGUGACAGAUAACAUAAGGUUCCUGGAACACUCAUCUGACUCCAGAAGCCAAAAAUACAAAUGGAUUAAAAAUAGAAAGAUCAAAUAUAACAGGUUUUGAUACUGCAUUUCUUCCAACAAACCUACUCAACAACAGUGUAUUUUAAAUGGAUUGGGAAAAGCAAAGGCCUAGAAAGAGAAUUCUUGUCUCUGAACAAAAAGGUGGACGUCUAGACAGCUGGAACUCUGCCUGCACAUUAAUUUUUGCAAAAACAAUUAAAGCUGGCCACUUUGGAAACAGAUUUCAGGCUCUGAAGUUUACAUGUAAUGGUCCUACACAUAAGAAAUACUUUUUUCAUAAUCUCUACAAUUCACAAUUUAAAUCACUCCUUAAUGGAAACGAAAGCUAAUUUUGCCAAGGAAAUAAAUGAUGCACAGAUGUCUCCCCAGCUGCAAUCAACUCUCAACAGACAGAUCACAGUGAUCAGACCAAGAGUUCUCUCACAGAAUAAAGCAUAACCUGUUUCAUGCUGACCAGUGGCUUUUGAGAAAUACUUUUGUUACUGGAAGAAAACUCAAGAGUAGAAUUCUUUGAAGUGAAAUACUGGUCUAGUGGAAGGUGUCCUUCUCCACAGCAGGGGGGUUGGAACUAGAUAAUCUUUAAGGUUCCUUUCAACCCAAACCAUUCUAUGAUUCUAUGACAGGAAGCAAAGAAAAGCACAGCACAGCAUAUGGGAUGCUGAGCAGUCACUUCAAAAGCACAUCCCCAUCGGCACUAGAACUUUUACUGUAGGCACACACUCAGAAGGCUCUAAAAACUUCCUUUGAUCCUCCAUUAAAAACCUACUUCAAAACAAAAACCCAUUAAAGUCCUUCAAAGAGUCAUUCUGCUCAAGUUAACCAGAUAGUUGUAUCCAUAUGCUUUAGGCAAAGCUACUACUUUAAAGCAAAUGCAUCAAACUUCAGGAGUUCUUCAUUCUAUGUCUAUGCAAACUUUCCCUGGAGGCCACAGUAAGAAUUCAUCCCGCUUUCACUAUCACUGUCUUAAAACCAAAGACAACUGAAGUUAAAACAAGUCACCAUCAUCUAAGACCUAAUGGUAUAAAAGUGCUAAUGGGAUUAGGAUGCCUCAGAAGUAAAUUGCAAUCACCCGUCUUCCAACUCAGGACAGUAAGAAUUAAAUGACUGGAAACCUAUGAACAUUGCUCUGAAUGUGAAAUCAGUCAGGGAGCAGCGAGUUAGAUACCUCUGUAUCAGCAUGCAGAGAAAAACUAUUAUGCCUAACAAAACAGCUGAACUGACUAAAUAAACACAUUCCAGGAAAAAUUUUGCAACAAAACCACCAGUCUGUUGUUAUGUAAGAAAACAUUUCUUAGGCCUUUAUUUACAAAAGCUUUAAAAACAAAUACUCUCUCUUAUGCAAAUUACUUGUUUAAAAAGGACCGCCCAGUUACAUCAUCAUAAUUCAAUGAGAAAAAGGUGUUUGAUUUUUUUGCUUUUAAGUACAAGAUAAAACAGAAUAAUUGGUGAACAUUUGGAGGUUUUUCUGCCAUUGAUUUCCGUGUCAAACACACGUACGCGCACACGCACAGACACACAAUGUCACGCAUUCCAUCAUUCCAGGCUAGUAUUUAGCUAUUCAAUACCAAAAAUCCUUCCUGCACAACUGCUCUGUAUACAUGCUAUGCAGAGUUAAGAACAUAUUUUAGGGUCCUUGAAAACAGUAUAUCUAAAAUAUAUUGUAAGAUAUACUCAAAAAUAAACUAGCAUUACACUCCUCAGGUAACUUUAUUUAGCUGGAAGUUAUUUAUAUUUUGUCGUAUUACAACAAAUAUCCGUAACAUCUGUCUUUGUAACAACUACAAAAAAAGCAUGAUUUAAUUGUUCUUCUAAUUCAAUAAUUCAAUUAAAUAAUAUUUUUUCAGAUCUUUGGGGUUUACCUUCAACUAAACUGACUUUACAAAAAUCAUGAAAUCAAGUACAUAAUAAAUAUGACUUCAUAAAAAAUAUCUGAGGUGUACAUUGCUAAGAUAAAAGCCACAAGGUUAAUCAAGGGAAAUGUGCCAUUACAAGACUCCUACUUUUCCAUUAUCCUUCAACUCUCAGCUUAAUGGCAAAAAGGCUAAAGUCAUAGCUGUUCUUUUCCUGAAGUGUGUAAAGCUGUUUUUUCAAGCCUCUUUUCCCCAUCACAGAGUGGUUUUAAAGCAGCAGGCCAACCAGCAGUUGGCAUGUGCAGGGUAUGUUGGAAGAUGACCAAACACUAGUAAAGUAAGAGCAAUUACUAUGAUUUCAGUAGUUUGUUUUGCUUGAACAAACAGAUUAUGCAGCAAAUAAGUCCCAUUGUGUGGGCUGAGAUACCAAGGAAAUACAGCCUGAAGCUGCUGAACUUGGCAGAUGAUUGUUUUCUAGCUGAGGGCAAAAGAAAAAACCAAAACAAACUUCAAAUAAAACAGAGGAUCUGAGUCAGAAUCGCUCUCUAAAGUGCAAAUUUGAUGGUCCACAAUCUUGAAUAGCUAAAAUGCCUGCAUACUGGAAAGAACAGACAUGAAGGGGGAAGUUAGUUAUAAUCAGAGCCAAUUAAUUUAGAGAAGGGAAGGGAAAGACAAAAAACUGGAAGAACAAUGUAGGCAAGUUUACCAGAAUAUUCAUUAUCAUUCAACUUUCCCCUUCUCUCUGCCACACUGAUCCUAUACAUGCUUCUUUACAAAUGGGCUUGUUAAGAGGCCAAAAUGUAACCCAGAAAAUUUUACGUAUCAAUAUUAAGAUCAAAAUCUGUGAUAGGAACAGUCAAGUUUAGUACAUAGAAAGGCAGAAAAGAAAGUGUGCUGAGAAAGGGGGGAAAAAAGCCUUAAUUGUCCAAGGGGUUCAACCAGAGAUAAAACC